AUGUCUGUCUUUAAACUUCCAGCUAGUCUCAUUCGAGAGAUAAACAGUGUGAUUUCGAAUUAUUGGUGGGGUGAUAGUGGAGGGAAAAACAGAAUUCAUUGGAAGAAUUGGAGGUUUAUGGGAAAGGAGCGGGCAGUGGGAGGAAUGGGACUCCGAGAGCUGGAGGCGUUCAACAAAGCGCUCCUCGCAAAGCAAGUGUGGCAACUUGUGCAAAAUCCAAACUCCCUUAUAGGCAGGAUCCUCAAAGCUAAGUAUUUCCCGCACUCGUCGAUCUUGGAGGCUGCGAUGGGUUAUAGGCCGAGCUACACUUGGCGGAGCUUGCUCUCUGCUCGGGAUCUCGUUUGUAGAGGAAGCCGAUGGCGGGUAGGUAAUGGAACAAGCAUACGUAUUUGGGAUGAUAAAUGGGUGCCGGGACUUGAAGGUAAUAAGCCCUCGCUGGGGCCUCAAGGCAAAAUGGGGCUGGACAGGGUGAAAGAUCUUAUUGAUCAUGGUUCUGGUGAAUGGCGUGGGGACCUGCUGGAGUUGUUGUUCUCCCCUGUUGAAUGUGAAGCAAUAAGAGCCAUUCCGAUCCCCCGGAGUGCGCAAGCUGACGCCAGGUGUUGGGAUUAUACAACUGAUGGCAAGUACACAAUUUGCACGGGAUACAAGUUGGCGGUUGAAGACCCUAUUGAAGAGCCAGGGGUUGAUGAUCAAGAAGAGGAGGCGCCCCAAGCUCCCGUAGCAUGUGACUGGUCAGCCCUUUGGAAGACUCAGGUGCCGCCGAAGGUGAGGUAUUUUCUAUGGAAAGUAAUGCAUGAUAUCCUCCCAACAAAUGUGAACCUAAUGAAGAAGUUGGAGGAUAAGAUCAGUGCGGAUUGCCCCUACUGUGGAAUAGCCGAGACCCAGUUACAUCGUUUCAUGGAGUGUGCGUGGUCAAGGCGGAUUUGGCGACGAUCUUUAUGGACGGAUCGAUACACCCAUAUUGAAGAAGAGACGGUACAGGCAUGGCUAAACAGAGUCCUAACCACUGCAGACCAGGAAACGAUUGGAGGGAUUUGUUGUUUGUUGUGGUUUCUUUGGGUGGAACGAAACAAUCAAGUUUUCAAUGGCCCUAAGCUUGAGGAAGAGGAAAUUGCGAGAAAGGCAGAAGCUAUGUUCCGGGAAUAUAAGAGUGAGCAGGAAAAGCUGCAGGUGAAGAGGGAAGGCCUGAACCGAAGAAGAGUACAAUGGGAACCACCAAGUGUUGGGGUACUGAAGGUGAACACGGAUGCAGGGUGGUUUGGCAACGAAGGAACCAGCCUAGCGAUGGUAGUCAGAGAUUGGACAGGGGAGUUUGUUUUCGCAGCUGCUAGGAGGGAGACCGAAAAUUGGAGUCCGCCGAUUGCUGAGGGAAGGGCCAUUCUUUUCGCGAUGGAGCAAAUGAAUGAGAGGGAGUUUGGCCCUUAUGAGAUUGAAUCGGAUUGUCUGGUUAUUAUAAACAGGCUGGAAAAACAGAGUGAGGAUCUCUCAGAGUUAGGGACUAUUUGUCAGAUGAUAUGGAAUUCAGACGGGAUGCGUGACUGUCGAGCCUGGAGGCAUACCAACCGAGAAGGAAAUACAGUAGCACACAAGAUUGCUCACUAUUCUAUGCAUGCUUUUGAUUGUAAUAGCUGGUUAGGCUCUCCCCCCUCAUUCGUUUUGAAUGAGUUGUACUCUGAUUUGAGCCAUUUGGCAUAA